UACAGACACUCAGAGACAGAGAAGGGGGAAGCCAAACACAUCCUGACGGACAGAGAACGAUCUGUGAAGAACAAAAAAAAUCCUAACGCUAGGUACAGAUCGUUGCUGCUUUGAACUACAGAAGGUGUGAGGAAGAACAGGCCUGGAGAUAAGCAACAGCGGUUACUAGGAGAAGGUGAAUGUCUUGUGUCACAAAGAGUACCAUCAGCAGACUGCGACACAGAAAAAUUGAUUAUCUACGGCUUCCACUUAUUGUCUGAUGCGCUCAGCGCAUUUUCAUUCAUUUCACAUUCACUGGAUUUUGAUCUAUCCUUUUUGUCACUUUGACAAAAUUUGCACCCAAUAAUACAUCAAUAAUCACUGCCAGUGCUUUGUAGAUCCUGUCGUCAUCUACCAGAACAUCUUCUACUAGAAUGACUUCUACCAGAAAAUCUACCAGAGCAUGAAACGUUAAAAUCAACCAGGACUAAGUUUAUUCUUCUCUUUUAAUUCUACCAAACCCUCUCAUCUCUGCUGUCAAGACAACUAGAGCAAGGCAUCUCCUUUAAGAGUCACUCAGCGCUAACAAGAUAGACGCAGGGAGGGAGUAAAAAGAAGAAGAAAAGAGGGAGGGUGGGUGGAGAGCCAGAGAGAUUUGGCGCUCAAGUGUGAGCGAGAGAGAGCACGCAGAACACAGCGUGCAAGUGUCUCAUCUAACCAUUGGCACUUUGAUGCAUUUCAAAGCCUCGCACCUCGCACUGAAGAAUCUGACAGAACGCGGUUAGCAUCUGAGACUUGUACUCGAGCAGACGGCCGAACGAAUGGGCUUUUAUUUGAGGAGCAGCAGUUCAGAAGGACUCGUCUGAGGCGGCUGUAAUUGAGGAUGAAUUUCUGAGAGACCUGCUGGGUUAGAAGGAUCCAAAUAGUGACUUAAGAUCUUACAACUGUCCAGAAAGCCAAAAAGGAGAGGGAAAUUCAUAAUGGAUGAAUGUCCUUGGAUUUGCUGGCAGUGCUGAUCUGUUUCUCAGUUUGUUGGUGCAUUUGGGUCUCUGAGAUUCUGCUUUAAGAGAACGAGUUUGUAAGGAGUUCUGGUACAGGUCAGUUCCACGCUGGACCACACAAACUAUCUGCAGGAGGUCUGGAGAGCAUGGGGAAAUCAAACAGCAAGCUCAAACCUGAGGUGGUGGAGGAACUAACCAGGAAGACCUACUUUACAGAGAAAGAAGUUCAGCAAUGGUACAAGGGCUUCAUAAAAGAUUGCCCGAGUGGUCAGCUUGAUGCUGCAGGUUUCCAGAAGAUCUACAAACAGUUCUUCCCCUUCGGCGACCCCACCAAGUUCGCCUCAUUUGUCUUCAAUGUUUUUGAUGAGAACAAGGAUGGACGGAUUGAGUUCUCAGAGUUCAUUCAGGCCCUGUCUGUGACCUCACGUGGGACUUUGGAUGAAAAGCUCCGCUGGGCCUUCAAGCUUUAUGAUCUUGAUAACGAUGGCUAUAUCACACGUGAUGAAAUGCUCAAUAUCGUAGACGCAAUCUAUCAGAUGGUGGGAAACACAGUGGACCUUCCAGAAGAAGAAAACACGCCGGAGAAGAGAGUGGAUCGCAUUUUUGCCAUGAUGGAUAAAAAUGCUGAUGGGAAGCUGACCCUGCAGGAGUUCCAGGAGGGAUCAAAGGCAGAUCCCUCUAUUGUCCAAGCUCUGUCACUCUAUGAUGGCCUUGUAUAGUAACAGCUUGUCUUAAGGUUACAGGUACGGCAAAGGAUCCAGUGCGGUGCCAUCCCACAAUGCCAUUCUUCGUCAUUUGACCUCUCAUUCUGGACACUUAAGACUGAGAAGUCUCACCACAAGCAAAUCACAUUUCAGCCAACAAUGACAGAAACGAAGAAGCUGUCAUUCUGAAGCUUGUCUGUGUUUGUGUGCGCGCGCGUGUGUGUGUGAAUGCUAAACUGCAGGAUCCCAUUGGAAUUACACCAGUGCUUGUUUUCUGCCGAACAAACCUACUGGAGACUAUAUGGAUGGCACUGAUUGUUAAAGAAAAGCAUGCUGAAAAACCUAAAUUAUAAAUGUAAAUAUGUGUAAACAUUUCAUAUUUUUUAAUCAUACUUUGCUGGGAUAUUGUGGAUGUGCGCUUCAUAUAUAAUGUAAGGGACUGUUGAUAUUUUAUUUAUUUCUUGUUUACCUUAAAGUGUAUGGAUCGCAGCUGUUACAAGCCUCAACGUUUCUAAAAACCUCUUGGAAUGAAAGACUGUAAUCCUGUUUUGCUUUUUCUUUGGAACUUUGAAUGUGAAAGGAGAUUCAUUUAUUAUAUUUGCGAUACACAGCUCCCAUUGUGAAGAGUGCGCUGCCCAUUCAUUGCUGGCAGAGUCCUCAAGCUUCUUCCUAAACAAGGCACUGUAACCAAGCAACAUGCUACACUGUUAUUCCUGAACAGUUGCACCUCAAAACUGAUGUAAGUACCUCUGUAAUGAAGAAACAAUCAGUCCACCAUCUGCUAACUUCAACUACACCUCUGCCUUUGUCUUUUCCUGUCAAACAAAAGUCAUAGACUUGAACUAUGACACUCUCCUCUCAAAGCAAGUAAUUGGGUAUGUGCCGGGUGGGUUUGAGUGGUUCUCAUGCUUUAUCAGUCACUCUCUGGCUGAUGAUUAAAUUUGAGUCACUGCAUAAUUGCCUCUAAUGUUAUUUGCCGUCGGUAAGUAAGAUGGAGGUUUUAAUAUCUGAUGUGUCCCCUCUUGAUAUUUCAACAAUGGCUGCUUCCAU